CCAGACUUGAAUCCGUAGGAAAGCGUUAUUAAAAAUAGAAUCAAACUGAUUAGGUUCAAACUUGAGAGUCUCGGUAGUUGCUUGUGUUUUGAUAGUACCAGUCGCAGUAGAUGCUGCGGUACAGGCGGUGUAAAUACGACGUGAUAGGGAGAAUGUCAGGGAAAGAGAGGAAUCAUAGGUCUAGGUCUCCUGGGGGCAGGAGCGAUCAGUGCAGGUGCUCUAGGCCUUGGUGCGUUGGGAGCUGGAGCAUUGGGAGCCGGAGCUCUAGGAGCUGGUGCUCUGGGAGCUGGAGUUAUCGGAGCGAAGGCCUUGGGAGGAGGGCUAGCCCUUGGAUACGCUGCUGGGCACCGUCAUGGCUACUACCACGACUACUAUCCAUCCCACAAUCAUUACUACGUUAACCACUAUCAUGGCCAUUACGAUGACUGUUACGACUGUUGGUGAGUGCCUGUGACCUAUGGUGUGCAUUGUACCAUAUACAUAUGUCACCUUCCACUGUUAUUUAUACAUUGUUUUACACUUAGGAACAACCUGUUUUAAAAAUAAACCAUUUUCACCAAGACAA